CGUGUCUCGUGCGGAGUGCCGACGCCAUUCACUUUCAGCAGUCCUCCGUAUACGAUAGAAGUGGUAGAACAAUCCCAAGCCCUCACUGUUUGCGUUUAUUGAAUCGUUUACCGAUUGCCAGGAUCAAUUUCCUUAUUCUAGUCAUAUAUAUUCCAACCUGAAGUCAAGCGCAAGCAUGGUCGCUUCUCCACCGCCAGGGAUAUUUGUGCCGGUCCCUACAUUCUUUGUUUCCAGAUCGCACCUGUCCUACAAUUCAGCUAAUCCUCCCAUUGAUCUCGCUGCGCAAUGUGCCCACGCAUUACACCUGGCCUCAAACGGCAUCCGUGGGCUAGUCCUCCUCGGCUCGACUGGAGAAGCAGUUCAUUUGACGAUGAUGGAACGGGAUCACGUUCUAAAAGGAGUCCGAAAAGCGCUAGAGGGGGGAGGAUUCAAAGGAUACCCGCUCAUUGCCGGUACAGCGAGUCAGAGCAUCGAGGAAGUACUCCUCCAGUUACGUCAAGCCGCCGAUGCGGGCGUACAAUGGGGAUUGUGCCUAGCCCCAGGCUACUUUGCGAGUAAUGUCAGUCAGGAAGGAAUCAAACAGUGGUUCAGAGAGAUCGCAAAUAAGAGUCCGAUACCGAUUAUGGUAUAUCAUUACCCUGGAGUGUCGAACAAUAUCACCGUGUCUCCAGCAACCAUGGCAGAGCUUUCUCAACAUCCCAACAUUGUCGGCUGCAAACUCUCCCAUGGCGCUGUCGAUGACCACGCUCUUGUUUCUCUAAAUCCAAAGAUAAACCACGAACAAUUCCGCCUCUUCACUGGAUUCGGCCAGCAUUUACUUCCCGUGCUCUCUGUCGGGGGUGCUGGGGCCAUUGACGGACUAGCGGGGAUUUUCCCCAAGUGUGUCGUGAGGUUAUAUAACCUUUUCGAACAGGGUCGUAACGGAGACGAGAGAGUCUGGAACGAGAUGCGGGCGCUGCAGUUUGCAAUCUGCGGAGGGGAAAAGCUGAUUGCCAAAUGGGGGACUAUUGGUAUCAAAGAAGCAACCAGUCGGAUUGUGGGAAUAGGGGACAGGGAUGGAGGGAGACUGCCGUUACAAGGUGGAAUUCCUGGAGGCGAUGCGGAAUGGGAGCAGUGGAAGACGGUUAUGGAUGAUCUGGUGGCUAUAGAAAAGAGCUUGUGAGACUAGUAGAGUGACUGAUGUUGAUCAUAUUGCACAUAAGCAUCCACGGUCCGAGUCUCACCCAAUAAGGCCGCCCAUUAUCCGUAGAAAAUCAAUGGUUAGAAAAGCGCCCUCUUUGGUAUGCCCCUGGCUAUCAUCUUCCCCCUUUGCUAAAUUCAUCAAUAU